GUUCCUAGCGGAGUAGAUUUUGUAGAUUCUGUAUAUUUUUCUAUGCUCAAAUAAACGUUAUGUCUGAUUAACAUUUUUAUGUUACUUUACUUUUCGUCUUCGGAUAAUAAUCUUAACUUUAUAUACAAGGACAAUUUUGCUCAUAAUCUUCGCCUUCGCUUAUGCUUUGGUGAAGAAGCGAGGUGUAACGUUAACGAUAGCUAUUUUGCUAGCUAGUAUCCGUUAGCUAGCGGUACCCAGCUAGCACGAGUUAUAUGUUUUUAAACGUGGAAAAUGUCGAUAGAACUAAGCAGAAAUCCAAGAGUGUGGCGGAUCUGAUGACAUAUAAGCGACGGGGAAGCAACAGUUCUCGAAGAUCAUCGAACCCUUGUUUGAAAAGGAAAUAUCUAGAAUAUCACCAACAGCAUCGCUAGCGAAAAACAAUAACGUUACGAAUCCUGAAUCCCUUUCAUCCACAACUGGGAAAAGCAAGGGGCAAGGAUCUAAAUAAAGGCCUAACAGCUAGCAAAGGGUGGACUAGCCUGGUGACCAGAGCCUCCCGGUAGACCGAAGGUAGGCGCAGCAGCCAGGAUCGGUGAACCCCGACGUCACCCCAGCUGGGCCCUCGUUCCAGCCUGAACCAUGUGAGGGGCAUAUCCAGCUGCCCAGAGAGGACCCCUCUCCCUCCCCCGAAGACAAGAGCUCCAUAGACAGGCGUGACCCCACAGGAGGCUCGCCCGACGGACCCCAGCGCCCGAGUGAAAGAGACUCUUUCCCCUCACCCCCCUUUCCUCCCCCCCCCCAGUCUCCCCCAUCCCAAACACAGAACCCUAACCCUCUCAAGGUCCUCGCCGUACCCUCACCGUACCCUCGCCGUACCCUCACUUGCGGUAUUGCUCGCCAUUCUUCAGCAACGUCGUUUUCCCGAGAGAGGGACCAGUCAUGAUGUUCCGUGACCAGGUGGGCAUCCUGACGGACUGGUUCAAAGCGUGGAAUGAGUGCGAGCAGACGGUGGCGCUGCUAUCACUGCUGAAGCGCGUCUCGCGCACCCAGGCUCGCUUCCUGCACAUCUGCCUGGAGCACUGGCUGGCCGACUGCACUGAGAUCCACGUGCUGGAAGCUGAGGCCAACAAUGCAGCCAUCGUCAGCCAGUGGCAGCAGGAGCCCAAGGAGAAGGCAGUGUCGCUGCUGCUCUCUCACCUGCCGCUGCUGCAGCCGCGCAACAGUGAGGCCAAGUGUGAGUACAUGAAGCUGCUGCAGAAGGUGCUGAGCCACACCAUCGAGAGCAGCCUGUUCGUGGAGGAGAGCCGACAGCUGCUCUCUUACGCGCUCAUCCACCCGGCCACCACGCUGGACGACCGGACCUCGCUGGCCAUGUGGCUCAACCACCUGGAGGAGCACCUGUCGGCGCGGCCGCCCCCUCCGCCUCCGCGGCUGUCGUCGCAGCAGGGCGGGCACCACUACGGGCACCUGCGGCAGGGUUCGGACGAGUGGGCCUGCCCGCCCGAGGUGCAGGAGGCGGCCCACGCCUGGCACGAGCAGCAGCAGGCGCCCUCCUCGUCCUCGUGCAGCUCGCCGGCUGGACAGAACGGACACCUGCCGUUCCACAGCCCCGGCGGUCUGCCCUCGCCCAUCAACAGUGCCGGCUUGCCGACCCAGCUCCAGCCCAGCCCGCUGAAGCGCUCCAUGUCCCUGAUCCCCAGCGGUCCGGUCUGUGGCUCCGAGUGGCUGAGCCCCUCGGACGAGCAGCAGGGCCAGGGGCUGCAGGGGAGCCGUCAGGCCACGACAGGGCCUGACCACGCGCCCCUCUCCCCCCAGAGCAGCGUGGCCUCCUCUGGCAGCGAGCAGACCGAGGAGCAGGGCUCCGCGCGCAACACCUUCCAGGAGGACGGCAGCGGCAUGAAAGACGUGCCCACGUGGCUGAAGAGCCUGCGGCUCCACAAGUAUGCCUCGCUUUUCUCUCAGAUGACCUACGAGGAGAUGAUGACCCUCUCCGAGCAUCAUCUGGAGUCUCAGAACGUGACCAAAGGUGCACGGCACAAGAUUGCCCUGAGCAUCCAGAAACUUCGUGAGAGGCAAAGUGUCCUGAAAUCUUUAGAAAAGGACAUCCUGGAGGGAGGCAACGUGCGGAAUGCGCUCCAAGAGCUACAGCAGAUCAUCAUCACGCCCAUCAAAGUGUACGCCCUGCCCAGCGCCCGGGAGGUGGACCCAGUGGCCACGCCCACCAAGGGCGGGGAGGACAAGGAUGGUCCGGCCGAGGGUUUCCAGUCCAACAGCCCCUCCACCUGUGAUGGCGAGUCCUCCACCGCGCCCAUUGGAGACGGAGACAUUGCAGGCCAGUUCACCCGCGUCAUGGGCAAAGUGUGCACCCAGCUGCUAGUGUCCAGACCGGACGAAGAAAACAUCAGCUGUUACCUUCAGCUCAUUGAAAAGUGCUUGGCCCACGAGGCUUUCACCGAGACGCAGAAGAAGAGGCUGGCCUCCUGGAAGCAGCAGGUGCUCAAGCUACUGCGCCUCUUCCCCAGGAAAGCCAUGAUGGACAUGCCCAUGUACCGCCAGAAAGGCUGGGCGUACGGCUCCAACUCACUCCCCACAGCUGGCUCUGUGAGUGUGGGCUUGAGCCGGCGGGGGCAGAGGCAGUUUCAGAUGCCCCCAAGGGGGAUGCCGCCAGGCCGCAUGAACAUUAUAAGUCCAGGGGGCAUGGGGGGCACCUCGCCCCGACACACCCUCACCAACCCGGCGCUGCCUGGCCAGGGCCGACAGAACCUGUGGUUUGCCAACCCGGGAGGCAGCAACAGCAUGCCCAGCCAGAGCCGCAGCUCUGUCCAGAGGACGCACUCGCUGCCUGUGCACACUUCCCCUCAGACCAUGCUCCUCUUCCAGCAGCAAGAAUGCCAAGUACCGGGCACAGACCUGGAGAUCAACCCCACGCUGGAAUCUCUUUGCCUCAGUAUGACGGAGCAUGCCUUAGGGGAUGGAAUGGACAGAACAUCAACAAUAUGAAAACCUAAAAGUGAAAAAGAAACUGGCAAAACAAGAAAAAGAAAAACGGCAACAGUAACACUUUGUACCUGAAUUAUGAGUGGUCCAGCACAUAUGUACAUGCUUAAAAAAACAGAAAAAAGAGAGAUGCAAGGAAAAGGAAGAAAACAGUCACUACAAAAAAUGACAAAAAACUAACUGUGUAUAUGUUAUCUGAUAUUUUUCUACUUUAUUAUACUUAACUAAGUUUAUUAUAAGUGGAAUACAAAUGACUAUUAUAUUACAGGAGAGAGUGUGAGUUAGAGGAGUGGAGGGUGGUAUAGGUAGUAAUUGCAUCAGCUCAGUUUGUUUCUUCUGCUGUAACGUGACCUUCCGAUUAGAAAAGGUCAAUGUGCCCCCCUACCCCCUUUGGCUCUGCAAGGAAAGAGAGUGAUUGGUGCUGUCUUAAAGGGGGAUUUCACCAUGCAUCCAUUUAUUUUUCCUCCUCUCUUCUCCUCCCUGUGAAACGUGCAAAAUGGGAGGCGGGUCAGUUUUGUAACCCCCUUAUGCACCCCAAGCUCCUCAGACGUGUGCGCGUGCGCACACACACACAAUCUACCAUCGUGCAUGGCUCACAGAUACACACACGCGCACACACACACACAGAAAGCAUAACAUUUUUAUAACAUGCAUACUCCCAGUCACCGGCCACACACACACACACCCUAGAGUGCAAUCCUCUAGUCUAGUAUAAAGCUCUUAGUCCUAAAAUCACACACAAACAUGAGUCCCGGGCAUGCUAGUCCAUGUCCUCACUCUCACCGCCCCUUAAGUUGGCUCUUGUACGCACAUGCGAAUAACGUCCUUAACGUUAUUCUGACCCCCUCAGUUCCUUGACCCCUCAACACAUAUAACUCUAAGGGCCGCCUUUGGCACAGACAGGACCAAUCAGGGGCCCAUUAUUUAUAUAACCCCACACUCACCUCAGAUCCCCCAGGCAGUAAGUCACACUUCUCCUGAAGCCCGCCUGCCUACCUGCCUGGGUAGCUGCAUCCUCCAGUGUGUGUUGGUAUUUAGUGCUUGCUCAACACAAGUGAUGAGGAAUCUUCCACAGGAGCCGAGCCCCCCCCCCCCCCGAGCUCUUGCCUGAAGCUGGUUGUUUGUGGACCUCCCAUCGUCCAGCGUCUGUCUGGGGACUGGAGCACUGUACGCCUAUGGGAGUCACUCUGGCCUGCAUGACCCCCCCCCCCAACCCCCAAAUCCUCCUACCAUAGGGUGAGGCCAGAGAGGUGUGGACAUAUGGGAGAUAUUGUCUUUUUGUUGUUGAUAAUGUUGUUAUGGGACCGGGUGACUGUUGUGUUUUUUGUACUUUCUUUUUUUCUUUUUUUGUUUUCAGAGCUGGACUCAUAGUUUGAUGUUUUGGAAUGAAAUAUCAAAGCAUGUUCACAAUGUCCCCUCCACCCCCCCCCCCCCCCCCCCCCUUUUUUUUUUUUUAAAUUUUGUUUUGUCUCGAUCGUUCAAACCUCAUCUCAUGCGAGAAAGAUAGACAAAGCAAAGAGACACAACCUAAAUUCCUAUCAGUCUCACACCCUCUAUCAGCUCCCCACCUCCACCUCUCUCGAAGCUUCCUUCGAGUCCCCUCUCCCAGUCACCAGACACGUCAGUUUUAGGAGAUUUGAUGAAUCACGUCAUAUGAAGGUGGUAAUGUACACCCAUUGUAUUGCUUUCCUCCACAUCCUCACAUCCAGGCGCAGUCUUAAGCAAGCCAUUUCGCUGGACCAUGUAAGAGUGGAGGUGCUUGUAUAGUACUUAUUUGGUCUUAAUUAUUAUUAUUAUUAUUAUUAUUAUUAUUAUAUUAUUUGUUUUGUUUGUUUUUUUUCUUUUGGAUCCCUCCUUCAUUCCCCCUUUGUCAGGGAAGAAAAAAGAAAAACAGGGUUUCCAUAUUUCCUCAGAGGGCCUUGGCUGGUCUGUUUAUCUAGUAAAACUUUGUUAUUUACCAAA